UUGUGUGCUGAAUCUGCAUUGCUUUUCUACACUUCUUGAUUUUUCCUGGUCAGCCUGUUUGUAAUUCCAGGAGUGGAAUGAUCUCCCUAAAACUUCCAGCGAGACCAACCGUCGUUUCCAUUCAUUACCUCUGUAUCUUAUCACCUCUCCUCACAUAUUCCCACGUUGCUCCCACCUGCAGCCCAGGCAUUUUCUCAAAUUUAUUAAAUUCCACCACACUGAAUUCUCCUAACGAACGGCUGCUCUUGGAUCAGCAGAUCAAGGUCUCGAUCUGCGAUUCGCUGAAAGAGGAGGAAGAUAAACAGGUGGGAAUGUGACGAUGCGAUGAGGGUUUCGGUCGACGCUCUAAUCUUGCGUGAGAAUCACAGCGAAAUCAGUAACAUUAAGGAAGAGAGCGGUCUGCAGAUGACUGCUCCGAUGCGGUGUAGACUCAAGGAAGCACUGUGAUCGACAACACUGUCGAUGUUAAAUCAAACGAAAAGUUUGCACUGCUAAAAUGUACAAAGAACGUCUUCUACAUAUAAGACUGUUCGUUAUUACUACUUGGGUGGUCCAAGGUAGUGUGUAUGAAACUGAGUUAGUCUGUAGCAAUUCUGAUAAGUACAUUUAUUUACAGUGUAUAGGUCUAAUGAUCAUUUAAUAUUACAAACUACCCUUGAAGAGUUCUGCUCUCUUCUUCACGCAAUGUAUACGUCUAUCUUUUUUAAUGAAUUUUUAGGUCUAUAUCCUCUUUGCCGUGAUCAGGAAAACACAAGAAAUCAGUUCGGAUAAGAUAAGAAUCCGUUCAAUGCCGACCCCCACCCGCCCACUAAGACACACACACUCAUGCACAAAACCCAUCCCGUGCGCACGGCAGCUCCUUUAAAAAGCAAGCGGGAUUUAUUCAUUCGGCAGAAGGAGAAGGACGACAGGGAUAAGGAGGAGGUACCGAGGUGUCCGCCAAAUACCCAGGCAUCACCGACACCGGCGACGGAAGCGAAGCUUCUAAAUGUUCGCCGUUGACCGCCCGGCGUCGCCACAGAGGUGGACAGCCCGCUGACUCCCACAUUGCCCGCGGGAAGACGAGCAGACGAAGAGGUGGGGACCGGGCACCUGGCGCAGGACGGGAUGGCGAGAGAGACCAAAGCCGCCACAUACAAAUUCAGCGCCCCCAAGUGGCGGUUGCAGAACAUUGCACAGGAGUCCAUCGACAGCUCAGAUGACGAGUUUUUCGAUGCUCGGGAAAUGGUGGAAGGGAAGAGCGCCAUCCUCCUGGGCAUGAGUCAGUGGAACUCCAAUGACCUGGUGGAGCAAAUUGAGACCCUGGGGCACCAAGGUCGCACUCGAGAAAGCCCCCUCCAGCACUCCCAGAGUAGUGUGGAUGGCCAGGAGAUCCUAGAGAGGAAAUGCAAGGCCUGCAUACUGAUUCUGGUGGUACAUGGCAGCCAUGCCCUGGACCCCGGGGGUGGUGACGCAGGUGCCAAAGCGGGCGACGUGGCCACGCUGGCAGAGGGCCUGGACUGCAUGGCGCGGGCACACUUACGGGCCGGCGCCCCCCAGCACGUGCAGGUCCGCCUGGUGCCCUGCCCGCCCGUGUGCACCGAAGCCUUCUCUCUCAUCUCCAACCUGAACCCUUACAGCUGUGAGGAGAGCUGCGUGUCCAGCAGCGUGGACCACCUACCCCUGGCCGCACUCCCCCUGCUGGCCGUCGCUGCUCCAAGCUACCGGGACGCUGUGGCCACACUCAUCGCCCGCGCCAACCGUGUUUACCGCAGCUUCCUGCAGUCUGAGGACGGCCGUGGGUUCACUGGUCAGGUGUGCCUAAUGGGGGAUUGUAUCGGGGGGGUGCUGUGCUUUGACGCACUGUGCCUCCGCAGCGGAUCACCCCAGGGGACACACAGCGACUGCAGCAGGAACAACAGCAUGGAGAGCAUAAAGGAUACUGCUGGUCUUCUGGGGGGGGCCAGCCCCAGCCUGGGCUCUAGCAAGCGGCUCAGCAAGAGCAACGUCGAUGUCUCGGCUCCUCGUAGGACACUUCGCAGGAAGCAGAGCGACUCGUAUGACGGUGACCCCAACGGUGGCCGGGGGGGAUUCUUCAGCAGCGACCCGCUGCAGGCGGAGGACGGCCUGGUCCAGGACAGUCACUCCAGCCCUGGGCGCCUAGAGUUCCAGGUGUCCAGCUGCUUUCUCCUGGGCUGCCCGUUGGGCCUGGUGCUGGCCAUGAGGAGGAGUGUGCUGCCUGACGGCCAAGUCUCCCACCUCCGGCCAGCCUGCUCCCAGAUCUACAACAUCUUCUAUCCCUCGGACCCCUCUGCCUCCCGCUUGGAACCGCUGCUGCACCCCCGGUUCCAGCGCCUGCCCCCCUUCACUGUGCCCCACUACCAGUCUGACCUGUUGGGUAAUGGCAUCUCCGCCCUCUUGGCUGAUGCCAUUCAGAGCAACCCUGCAGUGUUCGCCGAAGCUCAGACCACUCCUCCCGAGACCCCAGAGCAGCGGGCUGGUCUUGCCAGCAAUGACAAUGAAGCUUUGGGCCACAGUGCAGGCCAGCCAGACGACACUGUGGAUGAGAUCUCUGCUGUUUGGUGGGGCUCCAAGCGCCUGGACUAUGCCCUCCACUGCCCAGACAUGCUGUCCGCCUUCCCGGCUGCUGCUCUGCCCCAGCUGUUCCAUAGCUCUUACUGGGAGUCCACCGAUCUGGCGUUUUUUCUGCUGCAACAGGUGAUGUGGUGCGACUGCCUGAACAGUCAGGAAGCGGAUGGCUCAGACUCCACCCUCUUCUCAUCGGGCCCACGCGAGAAGUGGCUUCGCAGGCGGACGCAUGUCAAGCUACGGAAUAUGACGGCUAACCACAGAGUGAACGACAUCAUCGCGACCGAGGACGGGCCCCAAGUGCUGGUGGGACGCUUCAUGUAUGGACCCCUGGACAUGGUGACGCUUGCUGGAGAGAAGGUGGACGUCUACCUCGUCACACAGCCCCCGUCGGGACGCUGGAUGCACUUUGACACGGAGGUGACCAACAGCAGUGGAAGGGUAACCUACACCAUCCCUCAGGAGAAGAAGCUUGGCGUGGGUGUCUACCCCAUCAGGAUGGUGGUCAAGGGUGACCAGACACGCGCAGAGGCGUGCCUGACAGUGCUGCCGCGGGGAAUGGAGUGCGUGGUGUUCAGCAUCGACGGCUCUUUCGCCGCCAGUGUCUCCCUUAUGGGUAGCGACCCCAAGGUCCGGCCGGGCGCAGUGGAUGUGGUCAGGCACUGGCAGGACCUGGGCUACCUGAUCCUCUACAUCACGGGCCGCCCGGACAUGCAGAAGCAGAGGGUUGUCUCCUGGCUCUUCCAGCACAACUUCCCCCAGGGAGCUGUCUUCUUCUCUGAGGGGCUGGUGCACGACCCCCUACGUCAGAAAGCCAUCUUCCUCCGGAACAUGGUUCAGGAGUGCCACAUCAAGAUCAUUGCUGCCUACGGCUCCACGAAAGACAUCUCCGUCUACAACAUGCUGGGCUUGAGUCCUGCUCAGAUAUAUAUCGUGGGCAGGCCAUCUAAGAAGCAUCUAAGUCAGUGUCAGUUCCUGAGCGAGGGUUACGCGUCACACCUGACCUCUCUGCGUUUGAGGCAGCGCUCCCGCCCCAAGCAGAGCCAGCCCCCCGGAUGUACCGUGCUCCGCGAGUCAUCCCUGAGCCUGGCCGCCGAGCCCGACUUCCUGCGCAAGCGUGCCCACCUGCGCCGCACCAUGUCCGUACAGCAGGCGUCAGUCCAGCCCUGCACUCCCGGCGCCAAACCGGAGCGUGCCCAGAGCCAACCCGAAUCCGUCAAAGACAACGGUGGUGGCCCUGGAGGGGUGGCGGGCCCCUGGGGGCGGGGCCGUGCUGUAUGGCCACGGGGAUCCGUACACCGUGAGGAUACCGCCCCCUGAUGGCCAACCCGAAGCUUUCCGAGGCGUGUGGGUGGUGCCCCAGAGACCGAUCAGCUCACCAUUUCCUCUAUUGUGAUCCUGCCCUCAUUCCACGCAACAGGCCGUCGAGCUAAGAAGGACGACCGUGCCGAGACCCUCACUGCUCUGCGAUGGUGACCGCAGAUGGGUUGCCGUGGCGAUGCCAGGGGGGGGGAGCAGCGUAGGGGUUCGCGGGUGGCUUAGUCAGAGAGGCUGCAGAAUGAGAACCGGCAGCUGAGAGAGGAGCUGUCAAAAUCAAAGAGCAGAGGAUCACAUUUUUGGAGGGUGCAGGUACAGAUUUUGGAUAAAUUGUAACCAGCUCCCCCCAUCUUACUAGGAACAACAUACUCCUGAAUCACUGACCUCCACUUGACAAGAAAAAAAAACACCAGUUGGUGACUGGUAAUGUUGCAGAAUCUGCACCUCCCCUGAAGUGACCAAUGGUGAGCUGGUCACAGGUAGCCAAAAAUACUGACCAAUGGCACACAGGCCCCUGUGAGAUUCAGAAUGCAAGCACAUUUUGAUGAUGCUGGCAGAGGUAGAUCAGAACAGCCUCACCCCAUCUGAGCCAAAGUUCUCAGGAGUAUGUUAGUUACCGCAUCGCAUUUGUCUUGGUCCUACAGUGUUAGAAGUACCAUCUGCUGGCUGUUGGAAAUUUCAUCAACUAUCCAACAGACAUGAACUUUUAUUAACAUCUAAAACAGGAAGUUGUACAGAAAGGUCAUUUUUUCUCCAAACAUGCUAUAAAUAUUCUUUUCCAAAACAGUAAACUACAAGCAGAAAACCAUAACAUCGUCACAAUGCUUUAAAGCUGAUUAUUCCCAGUGCAGACAGGUGUGCUUAAGGGACUUCGGCCAGUCUGACAGUCUCUCUCUUACAUAGCAAGUACACGAAAGCAUAUAAACACAGGAGAUACUGGAUUUUUUUUUUGUUUUAAUUUAUUGGACAGUUUAAUAAAAUUGCUUAGCACAAACCCCCUUUGGCUUGGGUCUCCCCCAGAUAUUUUAAACCCUGUGUGUUUUGUUGUGGAAGAAUGUCUGAACAAAUUUGUUACGCCAGUAUCAGGGGACUGUGCCAGCUAGCAUCUGAAGGUGAAG